AUGCUGUCUCACGCGGACCUCCUAGACGCCAGGCUCGGUAUGAAAGAUGCCGCCGAGCUUCUGGGCCACCGGGAGGCCGUGAAGUGUAGGCUGGGCGUGGGGGGCUCGGACCCCGGGGGUCAUCCCGGGGACCUGGCGCCCAGCUCCGAGCCGGUGGAGGGAGCCACUCUGCUGCCCGGGGACGACAUCACCACCGUGGGCUCCACGCCGGCCUCGCUGGCGGUGAGUGCGAAGGACCCUGACAAGCAGCCGGGGGCGCAGGGCGGCUCGAACCCCAGCCAAGGCGGCCAGCCCCAGGGCCAGCAGAAGCAGAAGCGCCACCGGACGCGCUUCACCCCCGCGCAGCUCAACGAGCUGGAGAGGAGCUUCGCCAAGACGCACUACCCGGACAUCUUCAUGCGGGAGGAGCUUGCGCUUCGCAUCGGCCUCACCGAGUCCCGAGUGCAGGUCUGGUUCCAGAACCGGCGCGCCAAGUGGAAGAAGCGCAAGAAGACCACCAACGUGUUCCGCGCGCCCGGCACGCUGCUGCCCACGCCCGGCCUCCCGCAGUUCCCGUCGGCCGCCGCCGCCGCCGCCGCCGCCAUGGGCGACAGCCUGUGCUCGUUCCACGCUAACGACACGCGCUGGGCGGCCGCCGCCAUGCCGGGGGUGUCGCAGCUGCCGCUGCCGCCCGCGCUCGGCCGCCAGCAGGCCAUGGCGCAGUCGCUGUCCCAGUGCAGCCUGGCGGCCGGGCCGCCGCCCAACUCCAUGGGCCUGUCCAACAGCCUGGCGGGCUCCAACGGCGCGGGGCUGCAGUCGCACCUCUACCAGCCCGCCUUCCCCGGCAUGGUGCCCGCCUCCCUCCCCGGCCCCAGCAACGUCUCCGGCUCGCCCCAGCUCUGCAGCUCCCCGGACAGCAGCGACGUGUGGCGGGGCACCAGCAUCGCCUCCCUUCGCCGCAAGGCGCUAGAGCACACAGUCUCCAUGAGCUUCACCUAA